AUGUACAGCAGUGCCAGAGCGGUAGGCCACAUAGAGAGCAGCCCCGCACGGUCCCCGCGCCUGCCAAGGUCCCCCAGACUUGGCCACCGGAGGGCCAACAGUGGGGGCGGGGGUGGUGCGGGGGGCAAGACUCUCUCCAUGGAGAACAUCCAGUCCCUCAACGCUGCUUACGCCACUUCCGGGCCCAUGUACCUGAGUGACCAUGAGGGCGUGGGCUCUACUGCCACCUACCCAAAAGGCACCAUGACGUUGGGGCGUGCCACCAGCCGGGCCAUAUACGGGGGCCGCGUCACAGCCAUGGGCAGCAGCCCCAACAUUGCUUCGGUGGGGCUGCCCCACGCUGACCUUCUGUCCUACAGUGAUCUGGGCUCCCUCUCCAUGUUGCACCACCACCACCACCAGGGGGUGCCCUCUGCCCUGCUACGGCAGGCAGUGCGGGGCAGCGGGGGAGAGCUGCUGGAGAUGCAGGCCCAGCUCCGGGAGAUGCAGAGGGAGAAUGAGCUGCUGCGCAGGGAGCUUGACUUGAAGGACAGCAAGCUGGGCUCUUCCACGAACAGCAUCAAGAGCUUCUGGAGCCCCGAGCUGAAAAAGGAAAGGAUAAUGCGGAAGGAGGAGGCGGCACGCACCUCUAUUCUGAAGGAGCAGAUGAGGGUUACCCAUGAAGAGAACCAGCACCUACAGCUGACCAUCCAAGCUCUGCAGGAUGAGCUGCGCACCCAGAGGGACCUCAACCACCUGCUGCAGCAGGAAAGUGGCAACCGGUCCAGCGCCGAGCACUUCACCACCAUCGAGCUGACGGAGGAGAACUUCCGCCGGCUUCAGGCGGAACACGAUCGGCAGGCCAAGGAGCUCUUCUUGCUGAGGAAGACCCUGGAGGAGAUGGAACUGAGGAUCGAGACCCAGAAGCAGACGCUGGGUGCCAGAGAUGAGUCCAUUAAGAAGCUGCUGGAGAUGCUGCAGAGCAAAGGGCUGCCCCCGGGGCCAGGCAGGGUCUCUGAGGAGGAGGAACAGGAGAGGGCCAGGCGCAUCGCGGAGGCAGAGGCCCAGCUCGGACACCUAGAGGUCAUCCUUGACCAGAAAGAGAAGGAGAAUAUCCAUUUGCGAGAGGAGUUACACAGGAGGAAUCAGCUGCACCAGGAUCCAAGCAAAACCAAGGCCCUGCAAACCAUCAUAGAAAUGAAGGAUACCAAGAUUGCCUCUCUGGAGCGCAAUAUUCGGGAUCUGGAGGACGAGAUCCAGAUGCUGAAGGCAAACGGAUUAUUGAACACAGAGGACCGCGAGGAGGAGAUCAAACAGAUGGAGGUCUACAAAAACCACUCUAAGUUCAUGAAAACCAAGAUCGAUCAGCUGAAGCAGGAGCUGUCAAAGAAGGAGUCCGAGCUGCUGGCCCUGCAGACCAAACUGGAGACCCUCAACAACCAGAACUCAGACUGUAAACAACACAUCGAGGUGCUCAAAGAGUCUCUUACUGCCAAGGAGCAACGUGCUGCCAUUCUGCAAACAGAGGUGGACGCUUUGCGUCUGCGUCUGGAGGAGAAAGAGUCCUUCCUGAAUAAGAAGACCAAGCAGCUGCAGGACCUGACGGAGGAGAAGGGCACGCUAGCUGGGGAAAUCAGGGACAUGAAGGACAUGCUGGAGGUGAAGGAGAGGAAGAUCAAUGUUCUGCAGAAGAAGAUUGAGAAUCUGCAGGAGCAGCUGCGAGACAAGGACAAGCAACUGGGGAACUUGAAGGACAGAGUCAAAUCCCUGCAGACUGACUCCAGCAACACAGACACUGCCUUGGCCACCCUGGAGGAGGCGCUGUCUGAGAAGGAGAGGAUAAUAGAGCGUCUGAAGGACCAGAGAGAGAGGGAGGACAGAGAGCGGCUGGAAGAAGUGGAGUCAUAUAAGAAGGAGAACAAGGACCUCAAGGAGAAGGUCAACACCCUGCAGUUGGAAUUAACAGAGAAAGAGUCCAGUCUUAUUGAUCUGAAGGAGCAUGCGUCAUCCUUGGCUUCCUCGGGGCUCAAGAAGGAUUCAAAGCUCAAGUCCCUGGAGAUCGCUAUUGAGCAGAAAAAAGAGGAGUGUAGUAAGUUGGAGACACAGUUGCAGAAGAAAGCCCACGAGGUAGAGCAGCAGUCUGGCUCGAGGGGAAACCCAGAGCACACAGACCGGGUCAAGUUGCUGGAGAAGGAGGUGGCGUACUACAAGGAGGAGUCAAACAAAGCACAGGCAGAGGUGGAAAGACUCCUUGACAUCCUGAGAGAGGUGGAGACGGAAAAGAAUGACAAGGACAAGAAGAUCGCCGAGUUGGAGAGCCCCCCCCUCCCUGCCCCUCGCCCCGCCCCUCGUCCCGGUGGCAGAGCCCCCCCUGACCCGCUCCCCUCUGUGUCAGCUGCCCCCCAGCAGAUAGGGGGCAUGGUGUGGGAUUUCCUGGGAAAACAAGGAGGCAAAGACCAGAUGAAGAAGGGUUCAAAUAUCAAACUGGGAGCCCAAGGGGAAAAGAAGGUCAUGGGACAGGACCCUCGUAAAGAUAGCACCACCGACGGUGUCCACCAUUUAAAGUUGGAGGAGCUGAUGAACACCUUGGAGAGGACCAGGCAAGAGCUAGAUGCCACCAAGCAGCGGCUGUCCUCCACACAGCAGUCACUGCAGGAGAGGGACAGCCAUCUGACCAACAUGAGACAAGAGCGCAGGAAGCAGCUGGAAGAAAUCCUGGAGAUGAAACAACAAGCUCUGCUGGCAGCCAUCAGUGAAAAGGAUGCUAACAUUGCCCUGCUGGAACUGUCAGCCUCCAAUAAGAAGAAGACCCAAGAGGAGGUUCUGGCCCUCAAGAGGGAGAAGGACAGACUGAUGCACCAGCUAAAGCAGCAGACACAGAGCAGAAUGAAACUGAUCGCUGACAACUAUGAAGAAGAGCACUACCAUCCACAUGGUCCUCACCACACCCACCACCAUCGUGGCGGGCCGGCCCGUGGGCCCCCCCAUGCUAGUCACCGCCCCUCCCCCGACCAGGACGACGAGGAGGGCAUUUGGGCAUAAUCCUUGCUGUGACAACCAAAGCUGUAAUGACGUUUUGAGGAGUAAGAUGAUGCAGUCAACAUCGGAGGAGCACAGCCAUG